GUGCCCGCCGUGAAUAGCCUGCCACUUCUAUCGCGACGCAUGGCCUUCCCAGCCCCCUCAAUACCUUCGCACUGAAGACUCUUCCUCCACUCCUCAUGUCCUACAACCUCCUCGACAAACCUUCAAACCCAUCAGCCUCAUCACCGUAAAUCGCGGGCGCUUUACGACCAAUACUCCUCCUCAAUCCCCGAAUCGCGCUUCCGUCCUUCAUCAUGGCUCAGUCUCCCGAGAGUACACCCCUCAGACCUAUCGCGCGCCGCUUCCAUGGCUGCUCCAAGAUCGACGAGUACGAUAUCAUGAGCAAGCUCGGCGAAGGCACCUUUGGCGAAGUCCACAAAGCUCGACAAGUUCGCACCGGCGCCACUGUCGCGAUGAAGAAGAUCCUCAUGCACAAUGAGAAGGACGGAUUCCCAAUCACGGCCUUGCGCGAGAUCAAGCUGCUUAAGAUGCUAUGCCACGACAACGUCCUGAAGCUGGAAGAGAUGGCCGUCGAACGCAAGAAGGGAGCAGGCAGGCAGCGCGCGAUCCUCUAUAUGGUCACCCCGUAUAUGGAUCACGACCUUUCAGGCCUGCUCGACAAUCCGGACGUCCAUUUCACGGAACCCCAGAUCAAGUGCUACAUGCUCCAGCUGUUCAAGGGCCUCCAGUACCUUCACGACAAUCACAUACUCCACCGAGACAUGAAGGCUGCCAAUCUGCUCAUUAACAACAGGGGCCGUCUCCAGAUUGCCGAUUUUGGACUCGCUCGCCACUACGAAGAGCCGGUGCCACGCAAGGGAAUGGGAAAUGGAAGUGCUAAGCGGGAUUACACCCAGCUGGUCGUUACGAGAUGGUAUCGCCCACCGGAGCUCCUCCUGUCACUCCGUCGAUACACCCCGGCCAUCGACAUGUGGGGAGCUGGCUGUGUCUUUGGAGAGAUGUUCAAGAGGAAGCCCAUCCUGGCUGGCACGAGCGAUCUCAAUCAAGCGCACAUCAUCUUCGAACUCGUUGGGUCCCCGAACGACGAAUCCAUGCCUGGAUGGCGCGAUCUGAACGGAUGCGAGGGCGUCAAACAAUUCCCUCCGAAUCCCAAUCCCAAGCUCACUCAUGUUUUCCGAGAAUUGGGACCCUAUGCCAUCUCCCUCCUCAAAGCACUCCUGACGCUCGACUGGCGCAAGCGAAUCAACGCCAUUGACGCCAUCGACCACCCUUACUUCAAGAUGGAACCGAAACCGAUGCGCGAGGAGGACAUCCCUAGAUUCGCCGACUCUCACGAACUCGACCGUCGCAACACUCGUGGACAGAGGCCCCUCCCUCCAGCACCAGCUGGUGGCGCUGUUGGCAUGCCCGAUUGGAACGGCACUGGCCCACCACCAACCAAUGGUCCUUGGAUGAACGGUGAUCGACGCGGCGGUGGACCUCAGGACCGCGGACCCCCCGGCGUUGGACCACCCCCAGGAGGCUACAAUCGGGGAGGGUCCUAUGACAACCGUCGAGGCCCAUACGACCAUCGAGGCCCACCACCUCCACCACCUCGUCACCAGCACCAGCCAUAUCGACCCGACAAUCGCAAUCAAGGCCUUCCGUAUGACGACGCUCCACCACGCCACGCCCUCCCCCAUCCACCACCAGAAGGCCGACACCCACUCCCACAUCCCCCUCCUCACAACUACGCUGGACCUGGCAUUCGUGGCCCACCUCGACAUGGAGAUCCCGGUGACAGAUACGUCCCGCGCUACGACGGCUCGCGCGACGAGCGAGACCGCCACGACCGCCGCUCUCGCGAGUCUGACGACGUGCGAUCUCGGGAUGGUCGGCGUGGCUCUCGAGACUCGGGCAAUUCGAGGGAUGCGCAGAGCAUGGAGCGUGGCAUACCACCGAGUCGCGACGAUAGAGGAGCUUACAGACCACCGAGUCGUGACGAUCGAGCGCAAGGGUACAGACCACCGCGCGACUACGGACGAGACACGAAGAGGAGCAGGACCCGGAGUCCGGACAGAGAGCGCGAGAAUCAGAGGGAGCGGGAGAGAGUUCGGGACGUCUACAGGCGCUGAUUUGGGGAUGAGCAAUGAAGACAGAUCUGGAGCAGACGAGGCGUCUCCUUGGUGCUUGUCGGUGGGUAUUUGACUUGGUGUUCACGGCUGGAAUCCGCUAUGGAUCAUGAUAGGCAUGUAGCAAGGCGUCCUGGCUUCACGGCGGCAUAUCAGGGUGUCUUUUGUAGGCGAUCUUUCGGCCUAAGAUUUGUGCUCUGGAGCUUAAGAAAGGCUAUCAGAUUAUUAGUUAAUAUAUCUAACAUACUUCAAACUACUCUUUGGAUUCUUUAAAAU